CCCAAAGGGACGACUGCUGCAUCAUGGUCUGGAACGAAACAACAUCGUCGUCUCUUUCCUAAUUACCAGCAGAUGACGUUUCCGAAUUCACGAUCAGUCAUAGGAUGCCGAUCGAGGCCGUGUAAACGUCAUAAUCAGGACACAGCACAAGAUUUCACCAGGGAGGGAUCAUGACUGCAGAUUCUGAAGAAAAGGGCUGAUUGUCCAAGAAAACGGUCCAGCGUUGGCGAAUGGGAUACUUGGCCCAGAAUAGUCGGAAAUCAUGCUUCAGGUAUAUACGCGAGCACUCCUCUAUCUGAUCGAGCAAGGGCCUGUGUCAGCGCAUCCUUUCUCUGCUCCUACUUCGCGCCCCAGCGGCCGCAGCUGAAUCUGCAGACCGAUCUGUCGUGCCACCCAGUGUCUAAACCUGCCGCGUCCGCACAUUUCCGUUGGCAUGAUGAACCAUCAACCUAUUCUGCGCCCGUCGUUCAAUCUUGCCUCACAUACAUGGGCCAGAGGAUACCCCCACUGGGAGGCGCCAAGCCUUACGGUGAAACACGUCAAAUGUACGGCAGCAUUGACAGCAUGGGUACGAUCGGGGCGUUAUCAUUUAAGGUCCAGGAAACACAAGACAAAAUAACAUUUCCACCACUUAUUCUUUGAAGGGACCGCCGAAACUUGUCGACGGGGAGCCGCCCGGAGGUUGGACUCCCCACUUGGUUGCAGCACAUUUUCCAGCCUUACUAACAUCGACACAUCCUCCGCUCACCGCGGCUCGAGGCGGCCACGGCAAACCCAUGCCACACAGUGGAGGAGCGUUAAAACACCAAGCUUUUUAAUUUUCGCGUGUUCGCCAUCGCAACGCAAAACACAUUGGGAUAGGAAUUUUGGGAAGCGAGAUGUUUCACGCUGUUUUUCGCCAGCCAUCCUCUCAUUCAACCCGUACGCCUCCAUAGUCCUUAUAAGUCGUGCUCGCCGCGCAAGAAAAUGCCAUCCUCAGGUCGGCCACUCGUUCAGCGUCAACACAUUCGUUUCUUGUCUUUGUACAGUUUCAUUCAUUCCAACAGUUGAGCUGUUUUUCUCGUCCGAUUUGCUUUCGAUUCUAUCCUAGCUAGACGCUACCCUUUCUACCCAAUUCUUCCACAAUGCGAAUCUCCGCCGCAGUCUUCAGCAUCAUCAGCUUGGCCUACGGCCACGGCAUCGUCACUUCACCUAAGCCCCGUCAACCCGGUCCUGCUAUGCAGGCGGCAUGCGGCCAACAGGUCUACAACAACCAGGCUUCCAAUGACCAGGGCAACAUCCAGAAUAUGCUUCAAGUUGGCGCGAGCCAGUCUGACUUCGAUCCGGCCAAGUGCAAUGUGUGGUUGUGCAAGGCCUAUCAAUUUGCUGACAACAGCGCCAAUGUCCAGACCUACACCGCAGGACAGGUCGUUCCAAUCAAGGUCGACAUCAGCGCCCCUCACACUGGUGUCAUGAACAUGAGUAUCGUCAACACGGCUACCAACACUGUCAUUGGAAGCCCCCUCAUCUCCUUCUCCGACUACGCAUCCAACGCGCAUACAAUCCCAGCAAACAACACGGACUUCUCGAUCACCAUGCCUGACGUGAGCUCUCAGUGCGGCACGGCCGGCGCCUGCGUUAUUCAAUGGUUCUGGGAUGCUCGUUCGGUUGACCAGACGUACGAGGCUUGCAUUGACUUCACCAUGGGCGGUAGCGGAGGUGGAGCAACUACUCCUACUACAACAGCUGCUGCUUCCGUCUCGACGACAAAAGCAGCGGUUGCGACCACAACCAGUGCCGCUGCUUCUGCAAGCACGCCUGAGACUGACUGCGAGGACGACACUCCUGCCCCUUCGUCUGUCCCAGAGGUCGAGUGUGACGAUGGGUUCAUCGCUACAAAGGAGCGUCGCCACCCAAGGGAUUUCUCUACCGAAGCCUAGUCAAUUUUAAAGCACCCUUGCAACGGCAGCUCUGAAAGCGCAAAUAACCUUCUGUGUAUAUUCUUAAGUGUACUGGUAGAUCACGAAGCACUACGGUAGUAGUGAAUCAAAGCAAACUUUUGGCCGAUUAUACAUUGUCCA